AUGAUGAAUGCCAACGGUUUUUUCUUCUUCAAGUUUAAUGAUGAAGUCGGGAUGUUGAACGUACUCAAAGAUGGUCCGUGGAUUAUCAGGUCUCAACCGUUGAAUCUGAAUACAUGGACUCCUACGACCAAAUUGGAAAAGAAAGAAGUAAAGCAAGUGCAAGUCUGGGUGAAAAUUCAUGUGGUUCCAAUUGCGGCCUAUACGGAAGAUGGUCUUAGCCUGAUAGCUACAACAAUUGGGGAGCCAAAGAUGCUGGAUUCGUUUACAACGUCUAUGUGUACGGAUUCAUGGGGUCGUAGUAGCUAUGAUAGAGCUUUGGUGGAAAUUUCGGCUGAAAAGGAAUUCCGUGAUGAGAUUACAAUUGCUAUACUUGAACCUGACGGGGAGGGUUAUAUCAAAGAGACUAUGUACGUGGAAUAUGAAUGGAGCCCGCAUCGUUGUGCUACAUGUUGUGUGUUUGGUCAUUCAAACGAGAUGUGUCCGAAAAAGCCAAUGAAACCGGGUAAUGCUAGACAUGAGGAUCAUAAUCGCAAUGUUCAAAGAAACAUGCAAGUGAAAAAGAUACCGACUGUGGAUCAGGAUGGUUAUACUGAAGUCCAUGGAAAGAAAGUUGCUAGAAAGAUUGUGUCAAAGACUAAGCCGAAUAAGAAUAAUGGCUCAACUUCAAAGGCCUUCAAGUCGAAUAACCCCUUUGACAUUCUGAAUGAAGUUGACCCGGAAUCGGGUUCCAGCAAGAAGGUGACGGGUUCGGGCCUUCAGGAUACGGAUGAUGAUGACGUUGAAGAGGUUCACAAUGAAAUGGAUGAAUUUAUGGUGCAAGGUUCGCUGAAUUUAAAUAGUAAACAAGGGGCAAGCACUCCUUCUCAGAUAGUUACUGAUGGUUAG